ACACAUCCGCCCCAACCAUAGACACCAGAGGGAGCUCCACAGUGGUCCGUGUGGGACAAGGGGCAGUACUCAAGUGUAAGGUCACGGGCUGCCCUGAAGCAGCGGUCAUCUGGACGACCCCUACCGGCGUGAGUCUGACCUCUGACUCCCAACAUCCGGGUCUCCACGUUCUGUCAGACGGAAGUCUAGUCGUCGUGUCAGCGUCAUCAGACGACUCGGGCACCUACAGCUGCAUGGCGGUCAACUACCUCGGGAAGGCCACGGCAACGGUUCGUCUCAAGGUCACAGACGGGUCUCAGACCACUACCGACACGGGUUCGACUACGCCGUGACCAGUUAGACUCAAGAAGACGGUGGAACUCACACAUAUAUCAUAUACACCUUCGAACCUGUUCACCAACGCUGCGCUUUUUUGCUUGCUUUGACAGUUUUGACAAGGGUUUUAACUUAGAAAAUCCCCUGUCACAAAUUCAGGUUGGCUGAACAUUUGAGUCAAAUUUUACUGCCAACCACGCCCCUGUAUAAUAUCCUUGGCCCAACACGCUACCGCUACGCCAUACGACAUUAACGGUUCCUGUUUAAGUGGAAGUACGGUGUGAGACCACGCAACAUCACGUGAACACUAUGUGACGUCAUGAUGUUUACCUGGUCGACUGGUUUUUGGCCACCUGAAGGGGGUUCCUACAACAUGCCCUAGUUCACUUGUAUUUGCAAAUACUAGUAAUAGUUUGUAAACAGGACACAGUGGCAGGUAGUCUUUGUGCACCUUUGCUGAAAAGGUGCUGGACCCGGAAGAAAAGACACAGAAGCACAGAAGACAGUUACAUGGACUGGUGUUUGGUACGCAGUGCAGUGUCAAGAAGAUGCCGUUAGCUGCGACGAUGUUGUUGUUUGGGGUCAUCAGUCUGUUGACCCUGAUUCCCGCGCAUGCGUGUCCGUCGGUGUGUCGAUGCUUUGCGGAUGUUCCCAGUGUGCAUUGCAACCGACCCACGUUGGACCAUAUCCCACAAGGCAUCCCGAACACCACGACAACUCUGCAGAUGAAAGGUACUCGGCUUGUAUCUGUGAGACAGGGAGACCUGUCAGGACUGCCCCUCCUCCGUACCCUGUACCUGUAUGAUAACCAGGUCCACACCAUACAGGUCGGAGCUUUUGACAACAAUCCGAAUAUCCAGAGUCUUGCAGUUAGCAACAACAACAUUUCGGAAGUUUCUCCGGGAGUUUUCAGGGGCCUGAACAGUCUGAGAGAAUUAGACAUGAGGGCGAACAAGAUCACGUCCAUCCCAGCUGGAGUGUUUAACGGCCUGCCUAGUCUUCGGGUCGUGCGGCUUUUGGGGAAUCGGGUGAAGACAAUGUCAGUGGGCGCUUUUUCUAACCUGUCCGCCACGAUUCUGUAUAGCCUCGAAAGUAACAGAAUAGAGAGGAUUGCAAAUGGUGUAUUCGGGGGUCCACAGGGAGCGACCACCAUGAUGCUGAACAACAACAACAUCUCGUUGAUAGAGCCGGGAGCUUUGUCAAGUUUUGUCCGCAUGACCCGGCUAUGGAUCAACGGCAACCGCAUAUCCACUCUACAAGGUGUAUUUACAGGUCUGCGUGAGAUGACACAGAUAUAUGCUCAGUACAACAGCAUAUCGGCUUUGACCGAAGAAGAUUUUUCCGGAUUGACAAAACUGCGAGAGUUGAGUCUGAACAAGAACAAGAUUUCCACCAUCGCUGGAAGAGUGUUUGGCGAUCUGUCAAGCUUACAAACACUCUACCUUGCGGACAACGAAAUCAGUGACAUUGGAAAUGAUACUUUCUACGGAUUGUUCAACCUGAGGUAUCUAUAUAUGUCAGGAAACAAACUGGAAACUGUCGCGGGCGGCAACAUAUGGCCUAAUGUAUCAAAAUCAGAAUGGAUCUAUUCCAGCGCCAACAAGCUGACAACAGUUCCACGUGAGGCCUUGGCAAACAUGUCUUCACUCCGAAGCCUGGUGCUGUCAGACAACCCGAUCGUGUAUGUUGGACCAGACGCCUUCGGACCUCAACUCACUGAAGUUAAGCUUCAAAACACCAAGCUGAGAAUCAUAGACGGAGCUGCCUUCAACAGUUCUCCGCAGGUCAACCGCCUCACACUGAGCAACAACCACCUGCAGUACCUUCCCGAGACCGUCUUCCAGCCGCUGACCUACUACGGAGACCACGAGACGCUGGACCUGGCCGGUAACCCCUGGGUGUGUGACUGUCAGCUGGCAGGUUACUAUGCCUGGCUCAAGACAAAGGGGUGGGCGAUCCCCAGCCUGUACUGCACGUCUCCACCAUCACUGGCAGGACAGUCCCUUCGACGCCUGGCGAACAACUCGCUGAACUGCAGCUGUGAGGCAGUGGAAAGUCCCCGGAUAGACACAGCAGGAAGCACGACUUGGGCGGCCGCCGGGGACGAGGCCAUUCUGAGAUGCAAGGUCAAUGCCUGUCCAGACGCUGCAGUACUGUGGACAGCCGCUAGAGGGAUCUCUCUCACCUCCCAAUCUGAAUUCCCGAACAUGUACGUCCAGGCGGACGGCACACUCGUGAUCCCGGCCGUCACUCCCGGAGACGCGGGUCGCUACACCUGCAUGGCGGUGAACGCCUUCGGGACAGCCGAGGCCGAGAUUCGUCUCGAGGUAACCGUAGGUCCGACCGGCCAGGCCGUGGGAAUACACACAUUUAACCAUCCUGUCUGGAUUUUCGCGGCAGUCCACGUGCUCGUGUUUUAUUGGUACAUAUCUGGAGUAGACAUCUGACUGUAAUAGUUAGUUACCUCCAUGAAAAUGGAGGUGUUGCGUUUCUUAUGUCUGACUCUCUCUCUC